AUGAAAAAGCAGUUCAAUCCUAAGAAGAUCGGAGCCGUUGGAUACUGCUUUGGCGCUAAAUACGUCACCAGAUUAUUGGAUGGCCGCAUCGAUGCUGGAUACAACGCGCACCCAUCAUUCGUAACCAUUGAAGAGGUUGCCGCCAUCAAGAAGCCUCUCUCAAUUGCCGCAGCUCAAACCGACACCAUAUUCACCACAGAGCUACGCCAUCAAUCAGAGGCGAAGUUGAUCGAGAUUGGCGCAACUUUCCAGAUCAACUUGUAUGGUGGUGUUGAGCACGGAUUUGCCGCGAGGGGUGAUAUGAAGAACCCUAUCCACAAAUUCGCAAAGGAACAGGCGUUCAUGCAGGCCGUUGCUUGGUUCAAUGAGUAUUUAAACUAA